UGGGCUUUCCCUAUGUCACACGCACCUCUGAUGUGCAUGUAGAGGAACUGGGAAAGGACACCAGUCUCUGGAGCUAGUUAUUAUCUUGAGGAAUGAGUUGGGAAACUAGUCUGAUGUGAGAGAAACUUCUAGGUCUAAAUGUCUUCAUUCAGAAAGAACUGGGAGACCUGGCUCUCAUUUUCCAGUAUUAGCGGUCCCACACUUUUAUCUGCUGGUUCUCCCAGAGGAAGGGAAAUUAAAAUAACCACAUAAUAGCCUCAAGACCCAAGAAGAAAAUCAAAGGAUCAGAGAUGGAACCUUGGGUUCCCCAGUGGUCAUCUCAGCCACAAGUGAGGCCCAAGACACCAUCAAAGGAUGCAAACCGAGGGCUUUUGAGUGGACAUUAUAGACCCCGUCCUCACCCUCGGUACAGUGGAGAUAAGUACCACCAAGGGCAGGAUGCCCAAAGGAGCUCAAAGUCACAGCAGGACCCCAAGGCACAGGACCACAGGGCACAGGACCCCAGGGAUGACCAACAACAGGUUCGCUAUGUACCCAGGCCUGGGGGAUGGUCUCAGCCUGUGUCUGGAUCAAACUACUUGGAAGGAUCUUAUCCUAAUCAGUUAUACUCAAGGCCAGGCUAUGAGGACCCCUAUCGGAGGUACCACACUCCAACACCCAGGGAAGAGUAUGCUUAUGGAAAUUAUUACUACAAAGGACACCCACAGCUGCUGCAAGAAGAAAGAGUGGCAAGGCAAGGGAGUCCUUAUAUCUGGAAUGAAGAUUAUGGAGAUCAAAAGUACUUCAAUGAGCAUCAUGGUGAAAAGCACAAUAGUCCAUUUGGAACAAAGAGUGAGAACCAGUUCCAUACCAGCAAGAAUCCAUAUGAAGACAGCCUUGCUUCCAUCUUUGGACAGGAGCAGCCCGGGGAGUUCUUUCCAGAGAGCGAGGCCCAGAAACAAAAGUCAUCACUGACCAGCAGGUCCAACCUUCUCCAACAGCAUGAGUCUGGCCUCAGCUCUAGCAGUUAUGAGCUCAGUCAGUACAUGACAGAUGUCCCAGAGCAGUAUGAACCUGUGGUAUCAGCAGCGUGGAGACCUAUUCAGGCUGAUGAUGCCUCAGCAACCAACCCCAAGACACUGAGGAAGUUUUGUGUUCCCCACAUGUCUGUGAGUUUUGGACCAGGAGGUCAGCUAGUAUGUGUAAUUCCCAAUUCUCCUGCUGAUGGACAAACGGCUCUGGUUGAAGUGCACAGCAUGGAGGUUAUCCUUAAUGAUUCUGAGGAUCAAGAGGAGAUGAGAAGUUUCCCAGGACCCCUCACAAGGGAGGACAUACACAAGGUGGAUAUCAUGACGUUUUGCCAGCAGAAAGCAGCUCAGUGUCUCAAAUCUGAGACACCAGGGAGCAGGGACUCAGCUCUACUUUGGCAACUGCUGGUUCUCCUUUGUCGACAGAAUGGAUCCAUGGUGGGGUCUGACAUUGCUGAGCUGCUGAUGCAGGACUGCAGGAAGUUGGAGAAGUACAAGAAGCAGCCCCCAGUGGCCAACCUCAUCAACCUGACUGAUGAGGACUGGCUGGUGCCGCGCUCCGGGACUCGCAACCUGCUCACUGGGGAGAUUCCCCCCAGCGUGGAGACGCCAGCGCAGAUAGUGGAGAAAUUCACCAAGCUGCUCUACUAUGGAAGGAAGAAGGAAGCCUUGGAAUGGGCUAUGAAGAACCACUUGUGGGGCCAUGCUUUGUUCCUAGCCAGUAAGAUGGACCCAAGGACCUAUAACUGGGUCAUGAGUGGCUUUACCAGUACGCUGGCACUCAACGACCCCCUGCAGACCCUCUUCCAGCUCAUGUCCGGGAGGAUUCCACAAGCAGCCAUGUGUUGCGGAGACAAGCAAUGGGGAGACUGGCGGCCCCACUUGGCUGUGAUCCUGUCAAAUCAGGCUGGAGACACAGAGGUGUACCAACGGUCGAUUGUCAGCAUGGGGGACACCCUGGCUGGGAAAGGACUUGUGGAGGCAGCUCACUUCUGCUAUCUCAUGGCUCAGGCGCCCUUUGGCCACUACACGGCGAAGACAGACCUUCUGGCCUUGCUGGGCAGUAACCACAGUCAAGAGUUUUUGAAGUUUGCAACAAUCGAGGCUAUCCAGAGGACAGAAAUCUUCGAGUACUGCCAGAUGCUGGGCCGCCCCAAAUCCUUCAUCCCUUCUUUUCAGGUGUAUAAGCUCCUUUAUGCUUCCCGUCUGGCAGAUUAUGGCCUGGCAUCCCAGGCCUUGCAUUACUGUGAAGCCAUUGGUGAGGCUGUCCUGAGCCAGGGAGGGAGCAGUCACCCUGUGCUAUUAGCGGAGCUCAUCAAGCUUGCAGAGAAACUGAAGCUGUCAGAUCCCCUGGUUUUAGAAAGACGCCCUGGCGACAGGGACCUGGAACCAGAUUGGCUAGUGCAACUGCGGAGGCGGCACAAGGAAUUGGAGCAAAAUAAAACAGGAGACUACAGCGAUCCCGAUUCUAUUCAUUCCGAUAUUUAUGGAACCAGAGGAACACCAGACACUCCCUACCGGGAUCUUUCAGGAUAUCAAAGCUACUCAGGAGACCCUGGGUUCAACUCAGCCCCGUGGCCAACACCUGAGCAGACAGGCCUGACCCAGCCCAUCCCACAUCAGCCUUUUCCCCUGCAUCGAGAUGCUUGCUCAGAGAGAGAAGGUUCGGGUCACACGGGGACCUCAGUGCCUCUUUACUCGGUUCCUGCAACCCACGUGUCAGUGAGCAGUGGCGGUGGCAGCAGCAGCGGCAUGGCAGCUAGGGGGUCUCCUGGAGGAAGGGCAGGGGAGGAAACGCUGUGGAUACAGCCUUCCCUUGGAGAGAACACAGCGCCUCAAGAACCCCUACAAGAUCCUGAUGGUCUAGAAGUUUCCAGUCCUCAGGCACCACAGGCUCCCAGGACUGGAAGGUUUUCUGAGGAUUCCACCAUUUCAUCCAAGAAGGAUGAAGAGGCAUCUUCAGAUGAGGCGGACGAACCAUCUCACCAAGAUGCUUCGCAGAGAGGAAAGCCAGGGGAUGGGAAAGAGAACACAAAGAGCUCUGGAUUUGGCUGGUUCAGCUGGUUUCGAUCAAAGCCUGCCAACAGUGUGUCCCCCUCUGGAGAUGAAGACUCCUCAGAUAUCUCUGACUCAGAGCAGGAAUCUUCCAGCCCAUCACCUCCUCGCCACACAGGCCUGGGCCUCUCACCAACGCCUUCAGUCGAGUCCCCAUCUCCAUUGGAUGCCAGCACCUUCUCAAGAGGCAUAGGUGGGAGCAAUCUACCUGGAUCCUCAAACAACAGUGGAACAGCUGAAGUCACUAGGAUUGGAAGCGUCUUAGGGCCACAGGGUGUUUCUUCUGAGUUCUACUCCCAGCCAGGUGCUCUGCCUCCUCCACCUACCUUGCAAGGUGCUGUUCCUCUCUACAAUCCAUCUCAGGUACCUCAGCUUUCCACAACUACUAGCCUGAGCCGGCCAAACCGCCUAGCCCAGCGCCGCUAUCCAACCCAACCAUGCUGAGGGUGACCAUCUGUCCCAGGUUCAUGAGGAGGGCCACCUGCCUACCCCUGGCUCAUCUCCUGGAGCACAGCUCUUCUGCCGUUUUCCACUUAGUGGUCCACUCACCUCAUCAAAUUCGGGCACUUGCUGUGAACCAUUGUACAAGGGGUACCUGGAGGUAAAGGGCAGGAUCUCCUUAGAUACAUCUUGGUCUAGUUUUCAGCUUAGCUUUAGAGUGAUGGUAAUUAUUUCAUCAGACAGAGGAACAGGGGACAAUGUCCUCAGUAGAUGUCAUGGCAGCAGCACUUGAGGUGGAAGCUUGAGAACCUCAGGGAAAUGAGGGCCCUGAGAAUCCCAUGGUGAGAACAAAAAUGACACUGCUGGGCUAUGCCGCAGGGACUUGAAGAAACAUCCCAGAAUAACUUGGACUCUUUCCUUAGACUUGCUCAAAGACCAGUUUAUGGCUCUUGUUAGCAAAGUUUUUACAUUGAAUUUGAUUAUUGCUGCCCUUCAGUGAUUCCUUUUUCAAAGACAUUUCAGCAAUUUUCCUCCUGGUCCUGGUUCUGAGCACAUUUUCUGUGUGGUUCAGACUAAUUAUAUUUCUCUCACUUUCUUAGCUGGUCCUAUUUUUUCACAUUCUGACAUCUGGCUAUCAAGUUAGAUUGCUGUAGGCAUCAUAUUGUCAUGGUAACUACUGAACCUAAUGAUGCAGAUGGAUGGAACAUCAGUAUAAUAAAUAAUGGAAAACGUUUCCUAAAAACGUCAUCCUUUCCAUAAGAGGGGAGGAAUGAGUGUCUCAUAUUGUUAAUACCUGCCUCCCUACCUCAGGCCUUUGCAAAUUGAUGUUCUGUGGGUCAUUGGGGCCCGAUGGGAGGAGGGAGAUGUCUUGGAAAUUUCCAUUUUUUCCUUUCAAACCUCAAAUAGAAAUGAUUCUUGCUGUUUGUCAGAUUUGCUUAAAAUUGCUCUUCACAAAGAACAUUUUUUGUAUGUGUAAUUGUACAUAAAAGUUUUGUACUUUAAUGUACGAUGGUUCUGAUGUUGAUAGUGAUUAAAUCUAGAUAAUUUUAUAGCAAA